AUGGAGGGAGAAGACCCGUCUCCGAGCGGCGCAAAGACUCACUGGGGCGACCCGGGUGGUCUGGACACUGCUCCUGUAUUCACCACCCACGAACAUCUCGACUACCUGGUUGAACUCAUCGCCCAAGAGUGGAGGAAGACCAUGGUGAAGCACAUCAACGCAUCAGCCGGCACGGCCAACAUUUUUGCCCCAGCAUUCAACACGUUGGCGCAUUUCGACCCCGAAGAGGACACUGUUACCAAGGUGGACACAAGCAAAGUGCCUCAAGUGGUCAUCACCAAGGUGGACGAUUUGCGGCAAAUGAAUCGCAUCGGCCUUCCUCACCUGACCAAUCUCAUGAACCUGGCCGAGGAAGAUCUUGAAAAAUACGGUGUUUCAGAGCUCAUUGCCUCUGAAGAAGUCGAGGGUGGAAACGACAAGGCGGCGAUCUUCGCUGACAUGCUCAUAGAGCUUGCCAGAAAUCGGAUUCUGGAGGAAAUAUGCGCGACAAAGGAGCCGGAGAAGACAGUGUUUGAUCUGAAAGUUCUCUUCAUCGAUGGAUCCGGCGUUUCGCAAACGAUGCUUUGCCAGCUCCAGCAUGAUACAGACUUCGCGUCCUUCCUCGAACUGAUGGACGGGUAUCCUCAGGAAUACGAUGCUCCCGUGGAAAGGAUAGUAUCUGGCUGGCAAACGGCGGUACAACAGCUCAAGGACAGGGGCUACGGUGGUGACCCCGAGCUUGGGUUGAUUGAACAGCACAUUACCACUUUCAAGGCCAAAAACCAUUAUGCCGCCCCCAAAUGGGUAUUCUACAAAACCAACGGCUGUGUUUCGUAUGCCAAGACCAUCGAGGGUGAGCAGGACAUCAAGACGAUCCUUGAGAUCUUGGCCAAGACCGACAACCAAUUCUUUUUCAUGAUCAGGGCGGUGGACUACAACAUAGCCUCAAUCUCUGCUGAAAUCUAUGUCUUUCGUGCGGGAAUUGAAGGAGGCGAGGUUUGGCCCAGCGAGAUGCCGAUGGUGCUGCCUUCUCAAUGCGACCAGGGCACCCAGAGCGACCAGCAACCCAACAAGGAGCAAAGGUCUCCAAGCACCAGGUUCGAACCUAUUGUUAGAUCAGAGUCAAGCGACUGGCUCGCCCGGGCCAUGAUGAAUGGAGACAACCUUAAUUUCAUGAAUCAACACUGUGGAGGAGGUCAAGCUGGCGACGAGCAUCAAUAAAAGAAGCACACCUUGCGCAUCAUGAUCCUCAUUCGGCGGGAAGUUUAGAGGUGGAAUGGAGUCUUGUACAGGGGGUUACAAACAUUACUCUG